AUGCAUGAUGCAGAUGAGGAUGAUGAUAUUUCAUCUCAGCCACUUCUGCCCUAUGUUGGCAUGGAAUUUGACUCAAUUGAAGAUGCCCAAAAGUUCUAUAAUGACUACGCAUUUGGAACGGGCUUUUGCUCACGCAUAGCUUCCUCAAAAAACAGCCAGAAGAAAGGUCCACAACAACUUAUCAAGAGGGUCUUCCAAUGUGUGCAUGCUGGAAAACCGGAGACUACAUGUGAGACAAGCAGCCACUCGGAAGGAAUUGCAGCAGGGGGAAGCUCAUCAAGCAAGCAGGCCGGGGUUGAAAUGCAUGUGACAGUCAAGCGUCAGAGGAAUCGGAUUAUGCAUUAUGAUUUCAAAGCUCAUAUGAUUGUUGGCCUCAGGGGCAAUAAGUGGGUUGUUACCUACUUUGUUGCACAGCAUACACACCCUUUGAUGCAGCAUGAGGAGAUUGUGAGGUUCUACCGCUCACACCGCAAAAUUCCAGAAGAAGAUUACCAACUACUGAUGACAAUGCAUGAUGUAAACUUGUCAACUACAAAUUGCAUGGGAAUGCUUGGAAUGGUCCAUGGCGGAGACCAGAGCAAACUGCCAUAUGUGAAGAGGGAUGUUUCAAAUUCGCGUUCCAAGCUGCGACAAAAUCAGUCAUUUCAGGACAUGGAUAUGACGGUUGCUUACUUUAAGAGGCGUCAAGCUGAGAAUGCUCAAUUAUACUAUGCAGCAGAAGUUGACAAAGAAACAAACGAAGUGACAGCUCUAUUUUGGGUGGAUGGAAGGACAAGAGCAUUGUACCCAAAGUACAAAGAUUGUGUGUUCUUUGACACAACAUUUUGCACAAAUCGGUACAAUCUGCCUUUCGCUCCUAUUGUUGGUGUGAACAACCACUUGCAAACCGUGCUGCUAGGUUGUGCCUUGGUGCCAAAUGAACAAAUAGAAACUUUCAAGUGGGUGUUUCAACAUUGGAUGAUUGCAAUGAAUAAUGAGCACCCGUUGUGCACCUAA